UCUUGUGGUCUCCAUUGCAUAUUGGUUGGUAAUGAGGAAGACAAAAGGAAAAAGGCAAAACAAAUAUGCACCUACUGUAGCCUCGAGUUCAACCUACUUUGACGAAUCUUCAAGGGAGCUCGAUGAAAGUACAAGAAAUUCAGAUUUACCAUUCUUUGAUCUAAGUAUCAUAGUUGCAGCCACAGAUAAUUUCUCUGUUGCUAACAAGCUUGGAGAAGGAGGUUUUGGCUCAGUUUAUAAGGGUCUCUUAGAUAAUCAAAAAGAUAUUGCAGUAAAAAGACUAUCAAAGUAUUCCGGACAAGGAGUUGAAGAAUUCAAAAAUGAAGUAGCAAUAAUUGCCAAACUCCAACACAGGAACCUAGUGAGGAUUCUUGGUUAUUGCGUUCAAGGAGAAGAGAAGAUGUUAAUCUAUGAGUGCUUGCCAAACAAAAGCCUGGACUUUUUCAUUUUUCAUGAAACAAAAAGGUCCUUGUUAUAUUGGAGAAAACGCUUUGAUAUUAUUUGUGGGGUUGCUCGAGGACUCUUAUAUCUUCAUCAAGACUCAAGAUUAAGAAUUAUCCACAGAAACUUAAAGGCCAGCAAUGUUCUACUUGACGAUGCAAUGAAUCCAAAAAUUGCAGAUUUUGGUGUGGCUAGAAUCGUUGGAGGGGACCAAAUUGAAGCACAUACAAAUCGCGUUGUUGGAACAUAUGGUUAUAUGUCACCAGAGUAUGCAAUGCAAGGACUAUUUUCAGUGAAAUUUGAUGUAUAUAGCUUUGGAGUUUUGCUGUUGGAGAUCAUUACGGGCAAAAAGAACCGUUCUUAUUAUCAUGAUGGUCCCUCCUCAAAUUUGAUUGGCCGUGUUUGGGACUUGUGGAGAGAAGACAAAGCCAUGGAAAUAGUUGAUUCAUCACUGGGUGAGCAAUAUGCUAAUGAAAUUUUGAGAUGUAUUCAAAUUGGGCGUUUGUGUGUACAAGAACAUGCAACAGAUAGGCCGACCAUGUUAGUAGUUGUUUUGAUGUUGGGUAAUGACACACCUCUUCCUUAUCCAAAACAACCUGCAUUUAUCUUGAAGAGCACUUACACUAGUAGAGAUAGAUCAAUUUGUGAAUUAGCUAAUUCUGUAAAUGAAGUAACAAUUACUAUGAUUGAUGCUCGCUAACCACACGCUGUUUGGUUUAGUGCACCAAUAUGUUCUGAUUUUUUUUGUAAUUAUCUGUUCUUUUGUGAUGUUAGGGAUUUAGGAAUUGAUUUCUUUUUCUUCUUUUUUUUGGGAAAAGAUUGAUUCUUUUUUUGGA